UAAAGAAAGGCUCAAGUGUGCAUCCUUGCUCUUACUUCUGCAGUUUUGACCAAGAGAAGAGAUGGUGUGUUCUGGAGUGCUGGGAUUCAUCCUGCUCUUUCUGCUCCAUCCAGCUUUAGGGAUUGGCAAUCUCCAAAACAUCAUCAAUAAGCUCCAUCAGAGGUAUGGAGUUAAUAAUCAAUAUGCUUUGGGCAUUAAUGUCCCAGAUACAUAUUGUAACGUAGUUGCUGAUCCCGACCAGAACUUCCUCUCACAGGAUAAUGAUGCACAGAAGGUGAAAAAUGCCAUGAAUGGUCCUAAUAGAAUUUACAAGGGUCACGAGCUGAUUGGUGCCAGACCAAAACCAAUCGGUAAUACAGGGAACAACUUCCACUCAGAGUAUCUAUUGCUGAUUAGUUCCAAUGAAUUUCACCAGUCGCUCAUGCAAACCCUCCUGAAUAAUCUUUCUACUGGCUGUGCAGUUUUCUUCACCCUGAACUCCCCCUGUGUUCGGACCUGCUCAACACCUAACGGGCCCUACAGCAUCAUUCCAGCUCUCAACAUGUUCAACAACCACAAUGGUCCAAAAGCUUUUGUUUUUCGUGAAAUUUGGCAUCAUGAUGUUGGUACCACUAAUUGGAAAGACAAUAUACUUGAGGUAAACCAACGCAUUCCACUUUACCGCUGCACAGCCAAUGGAUGUGUCCGCUGUGUAAACAACAAUGUAAUUAACGACACUUGCUAUAAGAAGACUGUCUAAGAUAUGCUUGUUGUAAUGUGAUUUGAAUGGCAACAUCAUCUUUUUAAAUGGUUUAAUUGAAAAGUUUUAAUUGAUAUACGAAUGUUAGCAACAAAUAUUAGUCUAUUGAUCUGCUAAAAAAAUUCC